AUGGAGCUGCAAUCAGUUGGGACGUCAACGGACACGACAAACAGAGCGAUCAGCUUCCCACUUGUGAGACUACUUCGCAGACGUCGUCAGACGAACCGCACAAAGGCAACUGUUGACAGGUAUCCAGUCAAGCAAGGAUACUUCCGCUCAGUGACUAAGGACGAUACCAACCCCUGCAUAUCCUGCUGCAGCAGCCUCUGGAUCACCGUAGUGAACCCUUAUCGUUUCUCCUCGCUUGUUUCAUUCAUCAAUAUGACUCCGAAAUCCACGGCUAUUCAACGAUUAAAGCAAGAUUACAUACGUUUAAUAAAGGAUCCAGUUCCAUAUGUAACUGCUGAGCCACUACCCUCCAAUAUGUUCGAAUGGCAUUACGUCAUUCGUGGCCCCAGUGACUCACCAUACAAGGGCGGAUAUUAUCACGGAAAACUUGUGUUUCCACGGGAGUUUCCCUUCCGUCCACCAUCGAUUUACAUGAUUACUCCAAACGGACGUUUCGCUUGUAACACUCGAUUAUGUCUAUCUAUCAGUGACUUCCAUCCCGAUACUUGGAACCCUGCCUGGUCCGUUUCAUCCAUACUCACGGGCUUGUUGAGUUUCAUGCUUGAGAACACGCACACUACGGGUAGCAUAGAAACAUCAGCAAGUACGAAACGUCUUUUGGCUGAGAGUAGCGGCGAGUUUAACCUUAAUUCAGAGGUAUUUUGUGAACUCUUUCCCAAUAUAGUGCAAGAAAUUCGGGAUAAACUCGCUCAGUCACAACGCCAACGCGAAUCCACAAGACAAAACAGUGGGCAUUCCAGUGGAGGUCAUGAUCACAACGCUUGGCAUAUAUCCAGUUUGUUUGUGCUAGCGGUGUUUAGUUUGUUUGCAUUCCUUGUGAGACUGGUUUUCCGCUUCCUUGCUGAGCCGGUGUGAAACAUACAACGGUUUCCAUACACAUUUUUCACUCAUACUAUCCAGUCGUUUCGGCCUCUCAGCUGACGUCGAAGUGCACCAGUGCCAGUGCUGUCAGGCCUAUCUGUGAUUGUUGUAUGAUAUCAACAAAUAUAAAUAUUUAGUUGUUUCCUAUCUGUCUCCCCCUGAGGAACAAUCACACAUUAUCUGAUUUCGUUUCAGUUCCUAGUAGAUGACAAAUGUUUUGCAAGACGUAUUCGUGCGUGUGUUACCCUCUCCGUUUCUUUUCCACUUCAUUUGUUUACUCCCCAACGCUUGUCUUCUGGUGCACAACUCGAUUUGUUCUUUUUACUCCUUCGGGUGAGGCUAGUGCCGUGUCCAUUGCAGUUCUUCUGCUUCCCUGAACAAUUCAGGUGGUCAACCUUUCCGGACGUCGCUUCUCCCAUUGUUGAAAUCACUUCCCACUGUGCUUUGUCAAUUAAAU